GCAGAACAUCAAGUUGACAUGUUCAAUUAUAUUUGUUUGGUUUAAUUUGGUAUUUUGAAUACAAAAUUGUUACAUAUUUAUUAACAUUUUAAUAUUUAACGUUUAUCUAAACCAGAACCUCGAUAAUACAAUGACUGCCAAAAGGAUUGUAUUUAAGCAAGACAAAGAUGACGAAGAAUACGAAUAUUUAGGAACUCAAUGUUUUCAAAUCAAUCCUAAUGUUGAAGAGAAAGAAAUUCCAACGAAUGGUGAGGAGUAUCUUUUAAAAGUGGUGAAGGAACGUGCGAAAUAUGCUACAGUAACUAAGUGUAAUUUAGAUAUAUCAGAAAUAAAUAAAAAGCGCUGCAAUACUGUAAAUGAGCAUGUCAAUCCUGUGCGACCGGAACUAUUAAAACCAACAAUAGAAUGGCAAAACAUUCAAAUAGCAGAUUUCUCAGACCUUCACAUGUACGUCAUUCGAAUGGCUGCUAGAAAAAAAAAGUUGCUGCCUUCAAUAUUCGAAGAAACAUAUAAAGACUUUUUGAAGGAUGGUGAUAUAAUGUGGGAGAAAGUGUUUGAGAGUACAGAGCCUACAUUGUCACAUGUUGUUGGAUUAUCUCAUAGUGCAAUUGAAAGUGGAUUAGAUGCUAUACUAAAAAUUCUUACACAAGUGCAAACAGGGCAGUCUAUUGACCGUAGAACAGGACUAUGGCUCCAUGCACUCCUCACCGUCACAAGGCAUCCACCACAGUCAGAUGACAGUUUUCUACUAAGGAAGAUUUGCAGAAGAUGUGCUGAAAUAAGGGCCAGUAUUGAACAAAAUGAUGAAAAUGCAAGAGAAUUGGCAACACCAUUGAAUAUUUUUAUAUGUAUCAUAGCAAAGUAUUUUGGACAACACGACUUGGGUGACUAUGAACUAGAUGAUUCUAAAGUAGCUCAAAUUUAUUAUGACUCAAAAGUAGCACAGAUAUACUAUUAACAUGUGUUUUUUUAACUACCUGAUGCUCUUACGGAGAUGUAAUCUUAAACAAACAUGAGACUGAUUGCCAAUGUAAGUAAGACUUAGUUUAUUUUAAGUAAAGAGAAUUAUCCGAUUUUUUAAUAGUCAGAUAAAUGUUAUCUGUUAUCUGAGGAAUAAAAUUGUUGCUGUCACUGUCUUAUACAAACAUUCUGAUGCGACAGCAUUAUAAUUAUAUCCCACAUAACUUUUAUCUAACCAUUGAAAAAUCAGCCCUCAAUCGAAAAUUAUUCUGUUGUUUAUUUACUUUACACAUUGGCAUGUGACACUUAUAAAAUAUUGAAAGAUUAUCCUCUUGUCUGCCGGUUUAUGACAAAGAAUAGAAAACACAUUGUGUCUCCCGUGGUUCUUCGCUCACACGUCACAGGUUAGUAAUAUACCAUGGAUGUUCAGUAUCCAUGAGGUUACGGGUUGAAUAUACGGCGACCCGACCUGAAGGAAAAAUUGGGUAUUUCUUAUCAGUUAGAGUACAACAAAAAAGUAUUCAGGUACAAUUUUUUGUUACAUCUAUUGAAUUCUUUAGUAAAUCCAUUUGUGCCUAUUUAAUUGUUGAAUCUAAGAACAAUACAGUUGAAUAUAAAUUGAAUUUAAUAGUUGUGCUUUUUUUUAUUAUACAGUAGAUACAGACUAUGUGCCUUUAUUAUUAUAUUUAUAGUAUUGAUUCGCAAUAAUUUGCUUUAAGAAGUAGGUACUAUGAUCACUUCCUAAGAAUCGAAUUGUCUUAAGUAUCACUUUUAUUAAUUAAAUGAAUAUUUUUAUGUCGUGGCUAACAAUAUACUACAUUUAUAUUA